AUGCAAGUACGGUGUUUGAGUUGUAGGAAAUUAAAGAUAGGGUGUGAUAAAGCAAGGCCCAAGUGUGAAUAUUGCCGUAGUACAGGACGAGAGUGUGUUUAUGUUGAAAGACAGAAGAAAACCAAGGUCAAAAAAAUCACCAAAGCUAAAAAAAACAUAGAUAAGAUAGAUGAUAAAUUGAAUGAUAUUUUGAGUUGGGAAUUACCCGACAAUGGAUCAAUUGAAGACUUUAAUCUUGACGGAUCGAAAUCAGGAUCUGAAUCCGUCUCAGGAUCCGAAUAUAUGCUCAAUACAGAUUCUUUUGAUAGUCAAUCGGUAUCGGGAGAGUCAGUAGAACUAGAAUACUGGAAUGAUCUAACUAUCCCCGCUGUGAACGAUCUUAACUGUGGUCAUAUACAACUAGGGAUCCUGAAAUUUGAAUAUAGAUUAUUAGUGACAUUCCCCAGGCUAUUGAUCGGUGAUAAAAUCGAUUGGGCACCUCAUGAACAAAUGAAUCCUAUGGAACAAAUAUGGCUCACGGAUAUACCCAGUUUAUGGCAAGAGAGUUCCAUCAUACGAAACAAUAUAUUUUCCUUGACAUCAAUGAUCUUAUAUCGUCUUACCGACGCCAGUGAAUUGAUAUUGGAAGAUUUGGGCCCCACUGCAAUAUACCAAGGUUUUAAAUAUGAUAUAUCUGAAGACCAGGAUCAAGGAUGGAAUGGUGACUUCAUAGACAAACUAAUAUCACCACCUGAAAGUCCGGAGUCAAUUGGAAGUGUAAAGUCACCCAAAGUCCCAGAUGCCUUGGUGAAAAACGAAUUAUAUAUCAAGACAUUGUCUUAUUUCAAUGACUCGAUUAAUCAAACAUGUACCACCAUAGACCAAAUACUAGCUAAAGAUGAACUUGAAGUGUUUGAAGCAGCAGAGGUGUCAUUUUCAGCUUUGCUUCUAUUCACAUUCCUUGGUCUUCAAGAUUUCAACCUUGUGAAAUUAAUAAAUUUCGAACCAAAUCAACCUCUUGAUUUAGUAAGUCUUGUGAAAACCAUGAAACCAGUGAUUGGAAAAUCUUUCCCUGUUUUAUAUAAUACCAAAUAUCAUAGGAUAUUCUAUCUAAGUGAAUUGUUAAGUCCUAAGAUCGAUGUAAUUGAAUUCCCCAUCAUUGAAAAUCUUAGAAAUUGGGUUUAUAACUUUGAGUUCGAUGAGAAGUAUAAACAGGCUUUCGGAAAGAUUCUUAGGGCCAUAGAGAUCUUCAACUUGUGUUUAACGAGAGGAUUGAAAGAGAACGAAGGUUCAUUGGUUGUAAGAUGGAUAUUCUUACUUGAUUUCAGUGUUUAUGAUUUGAUGCUCAACCACGAUGUAAUAGGAUUGAAGCUAUUGAAUUUUUAUUCGUUCGUAUGUGUAGUGAAUGGGUUUCAAAUAAAAAGUGGGAUUUUCCACGAAUAUAUGGAUUGGUAUAUCACCAACCAAGAUUAUGAUAGUGAAGAUUUGAUUUUAUUCGAUUACGUGAAAAAGAAUAAAAGAAUUACCAUGGAGGAAUUAACGGAAUUCAAUCCAAAGCAUAGAAGAAGUUAA